CCUGAAUUCAUUGAAGAUGAAAUCGAAAACAGCUACCGCCAUUUUGACGAGGUCUGUUGCUGGUGGUUAGCUUCAACAUUUCUUCUCAGUUUCCUCUCGGACCACACGGCAACAUUAAUAGUUCUCGUGUGUAGUACUAGAAGAUCAAUAUGAGGCAACAUCAUCGCAACAGACGCGCUCAUGCCGCCUCAAAUAAGAGCAAGGCCGCAGGAGCGUUGUUGUCGCUCGCAGCAGCAGUGGUUCUUGGCUCGCACAACUACAACUGCGGCGUUCACGGGUUGAAAAUGUUGGCAGCCUUGAUACCCCCGCCGAUGCAGGGAACUGCCGCGAUCUUCUCGGGUUCUUCCACCUCCUCCUCCGCGCAACUUCUACAACCGGCAGCUUCCACCGACGCAGCUGGAGGCGGUGUUGCAGCUCGCCCGACCCUGCAGCAACUGCAGCAAAGUGCUGAUAAAUCCAAGGUCACGACCUGGUGGGACCUCCCGCCGCAUUUGCAGUGCAUUUUUGGGGCCGACAUGAAACCUCUUGCGGGGUGUCGCGGCGAGAAGGCCACGAAGGAAAAGCCAGACGCACGAAAGGACGCGGAUGCCGUCUUUGCCGCGAGAAAUGCGCAAAUGAUGAACAUUCUGGAGCCACCGGAGCGGAAAGCUAUGCCCAUGAUACAGCGCGCAAUGGAAGACCAGCGAAAGAAAUCGGCCGCCAUCGCGAAAGAGUUCCAGGCGAAGAUUCGAAAGCACAACAACGAGGUCGCGAAAUAUGGAAGCGUCAGGAUUGAAAUCCUCAAAGUUGAAAUAAUUUCUCAUGCAGAAAUUGCAAGGCAUGAAGUGCCUCUCUUGCAGGGAUUGCAAAGGAGGCCGGUUGUGAGCCUGUUUCGGGUUUGGAAUAGAGCUGCUAAAGUAGCAUGACAAAGGGCGCCUUCUGUCCCUAAACAGCAUGACAAACUGGUUUUAGACGGUGCCGAAAUUUGUCAUGCGCUGCUGGGAAAUUGGGCUUCCAGCUGGUAUCGAGUUUAUGCAUUACAAAUAAUUUCAAUUUUGACGAUUUCAAUCCUGACGCUUCCAUACGAAACAGCAGGAUCCUAAUUAUGACGCGACCGCGGGGGCGGGUGCCGACGAGGACGAUGGAUUUCAAAUCGUGGAAGCGCUGCCGCAGAUGGAUCCGAAGGUCAAGCGGGAACUUGAGGAACUGAUGUGGGACGCGCUGGCGGCGGACUACCACAGCCGCGGCCAAGGGUGCAACUUGGUCGGUGCGACCCUGGAGAAGACCAAGGAGAACUGCAAAAAGGCACUGAAUUACGAACGGCAGAUGGAAGUGAAGAGACAGCAGGAGCAGGUGCUCCUAAUGCACCAGCAGCAGCAGGCCCUUCAGGCGGCCGCCGCGCAGCAGCAGGCGCAAGCAUGUGCGGCGUUUGCGGCGCAACAGGCCCAAGCGGUGAUGGUGCAACAGCAAGUAAUGAUGGCCGCUGCGAUGGGUGGAGCUGCAGCUGCACAGCAGCAGCACCAGGCAGGUCAACAGCAGUUCCAGGUCCAGAUGAUGACGGCCACUCCAAUGGUUGGUGUUCCCUACCCUGGCGCGGGAGUGGUCGUACCACAGGCCCCGCCCGCCGCUGCAGCAGCCCCGGCGAACAUUUUCUCCCUGAUUCCGGGGGCGUGCGCUCCGAAGUGCCCACCGCCGGCGCACGCACCGGGUGGAGUGGACGGGGGCAAGAAAGGAAAGGCUAAGCCGAAGGCGAAGUAGCGGAGAAAUACAAAUACCGCGCUGUGUACAAGCAGAGAAAAAGAUGAAAUGUGAGUCAUCUCACCGUCGUCGAGGAGACAAGUGAAUACUUACGUAAAUAUGCUGACAUCUAGGGAAUUUAGAAUCAAUCGCUUUAAAACAGAACCAGAAGAACACGACCAUGCGUCGCAUCAAACCGUGCGCGGUAGUCGAAAGUAGUGCAACUACGCCGACAAAAAGAAGUAGGAGUAAGCAUUCUAAACUAUUGCACACAUUCUUUCUUGACGAUGUUGGAGCACUUCCAAUUAUGGUAUACCUUUUUCAUACAUUCACAAUCCCAUUUUGACUUUCAUCAUACUCGAACAAUGAAGCGGGAGAGAGGUUUUCGAUGCUGCCAAAAAUCAAAAUGGCCAGCGUUUCUGCAGGAGGUGAAGCAGGACUACGACUUCUACAUCUACAGGCAUAUCAUAUGAAAACAAGAUUAUGAUGAUCAGUUAGUUUCGUGGAUGUCUUGAUAACUGGGC